AUGGAAAACGACUCCAGUCUUCAGAGAAGAUUCGAAGCAGCUGUUAAAGUGAUGAGGACUUUACCUGCAUGUGGUGUCUUUGUGCUGUCUGAUGACUUGCUGAUAAAGUUUUACACCUUCCACAAACAAGCCACAGUCGGAGCCUGUAACACCGCCAGACCCUGCGGCUGGGACGCGCCGAGUAAAGACAAGUGGGAGGCCUGGAAAGCAUUAGGUGACAUGUCUAAGGAAGAAGCCAUGAAGGCGUACGUUGACGAGAUCCUCCUGAUUUUGGAGAUGAUUCCUGUGACGGAGGAGGUGUCCGAGCUGCUGGACGUGCUCGAACCCUUUUACGAAGUGGUGGAAAAUGAGGAUGAGGACGAAGAUACCGACACGACCAGCAAACCUGUGAUGACGACGAUGUCCUCAGGAAGCAGUGAGGAGUGGAGAGGAAGUUCUGGAGAAGGUGUAGAUGAUGACGUGGAGGAGGACGAUGAUGCUGAAGAUGUGAUGAGUCUGACGCUGGACUACAGAGAUGAGAGAGGAGGAUCUCCGGUGUGUAUUGACAGCGUCUCCUCUCUCACCAAAAGCACACACAGCUCCUUAAAUAUGGACAAGGAAGAGGAGGAGCUGGAGCACAGCCGAGAGACGAGACGAGAGACGAGACGAGACUCUCUAGAUCGCUUUCUUCAGCUCCUCACUGAUGAUUGCCUUACAGAUGGUUGUGAUGUCAGUGGGCCGGAUCAGCUGAGUGAGGUGUGCAGUCACUCAGUGAGAGCUGAAAAGGGUUCAGGAGGCCUCAGAGCAGCUGCAGCUCGAGCCAAAAAGCCAGAGGGGCGAGGGGGAAACACAGAGGAUGAGGGUGUGAGUCAGGAUGGAGAACCACAGGGAGCAGCACUUCCCCCCUUCUGCACAGCAGCACAUGGACCGGUCCAAUCUGUCAUCCUGUCAGCGGGGAGAGGAAGAGGCCAGGGAUUUACUUUAAUUUCAGGGUGUAAUUUAGCAGGAGAAUCCGUCGCUCCGCUCAGUGAUGCCGUGACGUUGAACGGUGAGCGUGUGGUGACGGAUCCGGUGAACACACAGAUCGCCGUGGUGUUGUCACGGUUACAGGACGACAUGCGGAGCGUGUUGGCGAGGCUGAACACGUUGGAGGCUCGGGCCGUGGCGCAGGUUGAAAGGCUCGCUGUCCGCUGUGAGCCUCAUACAUCUCCGUCUAACAAGGUAAUUCCCAUGUGUCCAUCGGUCAUCCCCCAAAUCUCAGUGGCAUUUCUACUCGUCUGGCCUUUUGUCGCGCACUUCUUAGUGCAGCUUUACCUUAAGAAGACAAGGUUGGUGCAACACAUUGUAUAUUUAUAG